CGGCGGUGGGCGGCGGCGGUGCGGGCGGUGCCGGCGGCGCUCGGUCCGCGGAGCCGCGAUGAGCCCGGGCGGGACCCGCGCCCGCACCCGCACAGGGACCCGCGCCCCGCACCGGCACCGCCGCUCCGGCAUGGGGCUGCGCCCGCACUAGGAGCCGAGUCCCCCCGGGGCGCCAUCCGCCACCUCCCCUCCCCCUCCCGAGGAGGAUGGCGGCGGCGGCCGCCCCGACCCAGCUGGAAGCCGAGCUCUACUACCUGAUCGCACGGUUCCUGCAGUCCGGACCCUGCAAGAAAUCCGCCCAGGUGAGCGCGGAGCCGGCGCUCCGGCCGGGCCGGGCGGGAGGCGACGGGACGGGACUGGACGGGACGGGGCGGCGGAGCCGCUGUGCUGCGGUCGUUGGACUCACGUCCUUUGUGUGUGUCUGUGUGUCCCUCUGUCCCCAGGUACUCGUGGAAGAGCUGGAGGAGCACCAGCUGAUUCCGCGGCGCCUGGACUGGCAGGGCAAGGAGCACCGCCGGAGCUUCGAGGACCUGGUGGCUGUCAAUGCACACAUCCCUCCAGAUUAUCUUCUUAGGAUCUGUGAGAGACUUGGACCCCUCUUAGACAAGGAAAUCCCCCAGAGUGUCCUGGGGGUGCAGACUUUGCUGGGUGUUGGGCGCCAGUCUCUUCUGAGGGCAGCAAAAGACUUCAGACACACACUAUGGAAAGGAUCUGCAUUUGCAGCUCUGCACAGGGGCCGACCCCCCGAACUCCCAGUGAACUACGGGAAACCACCAAAUGUGGUUCAUAUCCUUUCUGCCAGGCAAUUAACUGGAUGUGGCCGUUUCAGCCACUUGUUCCCAACAUCCGCCUACCAACACAUGAAGAUGCACAAGAGGAUUUUGGGACACCUCUCCUCUGUUUAUUGCAUAGCCUUUGAUCGCAGUGGGAGGAGAAUUUUUACAGGGUCAGAUGACUGUUUGGUGAAGAUCUGGGCCACGGAUGACGGGCGCCUGCUGUCCACGCUGCGGGGCCACUCGGCCGAGAUCUCGGACAUGGCUGUCAACUACGAGAACACGCUGCUGGCCGCGGGCAGCUGUGACAAGGUGGUCAGGGUGUGGUGCCUCCGGACCUGUGCCCCCCUUGCAGUCCUGCAGGGCCACUCAGCUUCCAUCACUUCCAUACAGUUCUCUCCAGCAAGGAAAGGAACAACUCGAUACCUCACUUCCACUGGUGCCGACGGAACAAUCUGUUUCUGGCAGUGGCAUGCGAACACCAUGAAAUUCAAGGAUCGUCCUGUGAAGUUUGCAGAGAGGUCCAGGCCUGGUGUUCAGAUCUCAUGCUCAUCUUUCAGUUCUGGUGGCAUGUUCAUUGCAACAGGAAGUACUGAUCACGUGAUAAGAAUUUAUUAUUUGGGCUCAGAAUCUCCAGAGAAAAUGGCUGAGCUGGAAUCUCACACGGACAAAGUGGUUGCAGUGCAGUUCUGUAACAACGGUGACAGCUUAAGGUUUGUCAGUGGAAGCAGGGAUGGAACAGCAAGAAUCUGGCACUACCAUCAGCAUGACUGGAAGAGUCUGGUCUUGGAUAUGGCUACAAAAAUGACAGGAAACAAUGUGGCAUCUGGAGAGGACAAGGUCUCUAAGCUGAAGGUUACGAUGGUGGCUUGGGAUCGAUACGAUGCCACCGUCAUCACUGCAGUCAACAAUUUCCUCCUCAAAGUGUGGAACUCAUCCACAGGACAGCUUCUCCAUAGCUUAUCUGGUCACGAUGACGAAGUUUUUGUUCUGGAAGCUCAUCCCUUUGACCAAAGGAUUGUACUUUCGGCGGGACAUGAUGGGAAUAUUUUUGUUUGGGAUAUAGACAAAGGAACAAAAAUUCGCAAUUAUUUUAACAUGAUUGAGGGCCAAGGCCAUGGAGCUGUUUUUGAUUGCAAGUUCUCACCAGAUGGGCAGCAUUUUGCCUGCACAGACUCUCAUGGACAUCUGCUACUAUUUGGCUUUGGAUGCAAUAAAUACUAUGAAAAGAUUCCUGAUCAGAUGUUCUUCCACACGGAUUACCGGCCCCUGAUCCGGGAUGCCAAUAAUUAUGUGCUGGAUGAACAGACUCAACAGGCUCCACACCUUAUGCCUCCUCCAUUCCUGGUGGAUGUUGAUGGAAAUCCUCAUCCCACGAGAUUCCAGCGGCUGGUGCCAGGGAGGGAAAAUUGCAAGGAUGAACAACUUAUUCCUCAGCUGGGAUAUGUGGCUAAUGGUGAUGGUGAGGUGGUCGAACAAGUCAUCGGGCAGCAAACCAAUGACCAGGAUGAGAGUAUCCUUGAUGGAAUGAUCAGAGAGCUCCAGAGGGAACAAGAUCUGAGACUAAUUAAUGAAGGAGAAACUCUUCCAAACCCUCCACUCAACAGAUCCCACUCUGUUAAUGGAGCUCUUCGCAGCCCAGGCUUGGAGGUGGCCUCCCCACCCAACGUGGGGCUGCGCCGGAGCGGGCAGAUUGAGGGCGUGAGGCAGAUGCACCACAACGCGCCCCGCAGCCAGAUGGCCACCGAGAGGGACCUCAUGGCCUGGAGCAGGAGGGUGGUGGUCAACGAGCUCCCUCCUGGCAUCAGCAAGGUCCAGGAGGAAUGUCGAGCUGCCAAAGGUGAAAUAGAAGUCAGUUUAUACACUGCUGACAAGAAGAGAAAGCCAUCCCACACCUUACAACGGAACGAAUUCCAGGCGGGAGGCGGCCGCUCGCUGCGCAGGAACCAGCGGAAGCGGCAGCACGCGUACCAGACCCGCUCCACCAUCGAGCACAGCCAGCAGGGAACCAGCCAGAACCCCUGUGCACACCACGACUCUGACAGCUCCUCUGAGGAAGAUGAGACUGCUGGCACAAGUGAUGCAUCCAUGGAUGAUCCUGUGGCAGCCUGGCAGAGUGAAAGCAGUUCCAGUGAUUCAUCCAGUGAAUAUUCAGACUGGACAGCAGAUGCUGGGAUUAAUCUGCAGCCUCCAAAGAGACAAACCAGGCAAGCAGCUCGGAAAAUCUGUAGUAGUUCUGAAGAUGAAAAUAUGAAGGGAACAAAAGGGCUGGAGCCAAAGCGAAGGAAACUUAAACAGCCAAGGAAAAAGAAAGCCAGUGGGCUGCUGUCCCUGGAAGGAGAGCCCAGUGAGGAGUGGCUGGCCCCACAGUGGAUCCUGGACACCAUUCCCCGCCGCUCACCCUUCGUGCCCCAGAUGGGAGAUGAGAUCAUCUACUUUAGGCAAGGCCAUGAAGCUUAUGUGAGGGCAGUAAGGAAAGCCAAAAUUUAUAGUAUUAACAUGCAAAAACAACCAUGGAACAAAAUGGAACUCAGGGAACAAGAAUUUGUGAAGACAGUAGGAAUUAAAUAUGAAGUUGGGCCUCCCACACUCUGCUGCUUGAAGCUUGCAUUUCUGGAUCCAAUCACAGGCAAAAUGACAGGAGAAUCCUUUUCCAUUAAGUACCACGAUAUGCCAGAUGUUAUUGAUUUCCUUGUGCUGCAUCAGUUUUAUAAUGAAGCCAAAGAAAGGAACUGGCAAAUAGGAGAUAGAUUUCGCAGUAUCAUUGAUGAUGCCUGGUGGUUUGGGACUGUGGAGAGUCAGCAGCCUUUCCAGGCAGAAUAUCCUGAUAGUUCUUUCCAGUGCUACAGUGUCCACUGGGACAACAAUGAAAGAGAGAGGAUGAGUCCAUGGGACAUGGAACCGAUCCCAGAAGGAACUGCGUAUCCGGAGGAGGUCGGUGCUGGAGUUCCUGUGACCCCAGAGGAGCUGACAGCUCUUCUCUACAAACCCCAGGAAGGAGAAUGGGGGGCCCAUUCCAGAGAUGAGGAAUGUGAACGAGUAAUCCGAGGGAUUGAGCAGCUUCUUUCCCUUGACAUUUCUAAUCCCUUUGCUGUUCCAGUGGACCUUAGUGCCUAUCCCAUGUAUUGCACUGUUGUUGCUUAUCCAACUGACCUCACCACCAUCAGGAGGAGGCUUGAAAACAGGUUUUAUAGGAGAAUCUCUGCCCUGAUGUGGGAGGUAAGAUAUAUUGAACACAAUGCCAGGACUUUCAACGAGCCAGACAGCCCCAUAGUCAAAGCAGCCAAAAUUGUGACAGAUGUCCUGCUUCGCUUCAUUGGAGAUCAGAGUUGUACUGAUAUAUUACAAAUCUACAACAAGGUGAAGGCAGAAGACCUGAGCAGUACUGAUGAGGAAGAGGAGGUGGCAGAAGUAGAUGUGGAUUCAGAUGCUCCAGGCACUUCUUCUGGGAAAAGACGAGUGAGACGAAGAGUGAAGAGGCAGCCCAUGAAAGCCAGUGCUGAUGCUUGGAAGGAGCAGUGCCAGCAGCUCUUGAACCUGAUUUAUGAACGAGAGGACUCAGAGCCUUUCAGGCAGCCUGUUGAUCUCUUCUCUUACCCGGAUUAUCGAGAUAUUGUAGACACUCCCAUGGACUUCAGCACUGUGAAAGAAACCUUGGAAGCAGGAAACUACACCAGUCCCUUGGAAUUCUACAAAGAUAUUCGUUUAAUAUUCUGCAACUCUAAAGCUUACACUCCUAAUAAAAAGUCUCGUAUUUACAGCAUGACCCUCCGACUCUCUGCCUUAUUUGAGAAUCACAUGAAAAACAUCAUCUCUGAGUACAAGUCAGCAAUGCAAUGUCAGAAGAGGAAAAGGCCUCGGUACCGAAAACGGCUGAGGAGCAGCAGCAGUUCCCCCUCAACCAGCAGAGCAUCCAGCCCAAAAGGGAAACAGAAGCAAAUGAAGAUUCAACCUAAACCCAACCAAAAUACCUCACUGCCCCUGACCAGGACUAACUCUUCAGUCUCAUCUCAUGUUUCAGAUACAGCAGAAGAACCUCUGGGUUCAGCCAUUGGAGAAGAGCUGGAGGAUCAGCCAUCCUCAUCAGGCUCAAAUGCACAGAGCCGGAGUGGAAAUGCCAUAGAUCCAGGGAAAAGCAGACUAGUCAGGAGCAAAUCUACACCAGUGAAACAAGAUCACUCUCCUGAUGGGCCGCUCACCAACGGGCAUGGCAGAGAACCCCGGGCAGGAGUCAAGAGGAAGCUGCUGAGUGCCUCAGAAGAGGACGAGCACCUGGAGGAGACAGAGGAGGAGGAAAAGAAGAGAGACUUAAAGGAGAAGUCUGGUUUGUCUUCAUCAGAAAGUGGGGAAUCGGGAUCGAGCUCCAGCUCUGAAAGCAGAAGUGGCUCUGAUUCUGACUCAGAAUCAACCUCCAGAACAGACCAGGAUUACAUCGAUGGCGACCACGACUACAGCAAAGUUGUGCAAUCCAAAAAACCCAAACGGAAAAUCAAACGGAAACUUACUGGGGGCAAACGGAAUUGGCAGGGCCGAGGGACAGGGAGGAGGGGUAGAUGGGGCAGGUGGGGUAGGUGGAGCAGAGGGGGAAGAGGGGGCAGAGGGGGAAGAGGCUGCGGCAGAGGAAGAGGCGGUGGCCGGGGAGGAAGGAGAGGCCGAGGAGGCCGAGGGGCCUCACGAGGAGCCACUAGAGCAAAACGCGCCCGGCUCGCCGAUGACGAGUUUGAAAACCUCUUUGGGGGACAGUUUGGGGAGAACGUGUUUGGAGGGAGAUUCAGCCGACCCCCUCGGAUCAAAACCAGGAAUGAGGGCAGGAGAACUGUCCUAUACAAUGAUGACUCCGACAAUGACAAUUUUGUGCACACCGAGGAUCCUUUGAACCUUGGUACUUCCAGGUCAGGCAGGGUGCGGAAAAUGACAGAAAAAGCCAGGGUCAGCCAUCUCAUGGGAUGGAAUUAUUGACAGAUGGAAAACUUUGGAACAAUUUUAAAAGAACUUCAAUGGCCUUUUACUGCAGGGAUUUUACCAGAAAUUCUACCAAGCAAGUUGUGCGGGGACUCCACUCAUGUUUCACAGUGGUGCUUUUCCAUCCUGUCAGUUUGUGUUUGUUUUAAAGCUUCAGAUCUCCACACUUCAUUGGUCGAAACAAGCCUUAGUCAUUAGGCCUUAAAUUACAGAAAUUCUUCCCCACACACUACGAGUUCAUCACAUUACAGAGGCUUCCAGCUUCUCAGUAAGAACAUGACAUUUUCCAGUCACGCUUAUGACUUCUCUCCCUCAUUUUGUUUUUGUAUUAUAGAAAUAGCACCUUCUUACAGAGUUUUUUAUGUGGUUUCUGCCAUAAAUCCUUAGACACAGUAAUAAUUAUAACUUUUGCACAAUACACCAAUCCUAAAGGCAGCUAUAAAAUGUUUACAGUUUCUAUAUUGUAAGAAGGAUCUGGAUUAUUUUAAUCUUCCCAGGCCAAACGUUGAUGGAAUUGUGCUGAACUGAAGUAUAUCCAUACUACAGUUUUGGGGGUCUUGAUGUGCUUUCUAUCGGUUCUUUAUUUGUGUAAAAACAGUGACAAAGGGUUGGUGCCUUGUAAAUAUGUAGCAGACCUUUGAUGUGGUGUGUCCUAUGUGUGCAUUAACUUUAUUAAAAAGAGAAUACUUGAGAAGUAUGAAUAUCUAGACAAAAGGUGCCAAAUGCAAAAGUUACUUGCAUCUAUUUUCUUUUUGUCCUCUCAUAUUUUUAUAGUAUUAAUCAAGAUUGUGCAGCUAAAGGGGUGACUUCAACAUUUGAAAGGUUCCUCCUCUUCAAAGCAUGAUUUCUAAUAGUAGCUCAGCUACCUCUUAUUUACAACUACUGGAAACUGAAAAGAAAAUAGAUGCUGUUACUCAAAGUGUGGUGAAGAAGAGGCGAGAAGGAGCGUAGAGGGUUGGAAGUUGUGAGUAGCUUUAUCUUCCUUGUGUUGCCACCAUGGAAACAAAUGCAGUGGCUCUCAGAGUUCUCAGCAGCAGAUGUUGGGGGCAGGUUUGGGAUUUGGUUGUGCAGAGGGACUGCCUGGCCCCCACUGACCUGUGCUCCAUGGAGAUGUGGUUUAGGCCCUCUGGCCCCUCAGAGGUACUGAGGGAGCUGUUGCUCCCCCAGACUGACUCUUGUAUCUCAAGCUUCCAGAACAGAAUUCCUGUUGCACUGUGCUCUCGUUGUCCUGGGAAAUGCUGACUUGAAAUCCUCUGGAAGUGGUAGUGCAGUUGGUGAGGAGAUCCCUGCUCUGGCUCUUUAGUGACCUCAGCAGUGGCAUGGGCUGAGCUGGAGGUGAGCAGCCUCUUCCUUCCUUCCUUCCUGGGCUCUGGCUGGAAUAGAUGUGGGAUUCCAAUUUCCUCCCCUUGUCUGACAGUUCAGAGUACAGGUUACAGAGAAAACAAGUCAGAAGAGACUACAAAGUUCCAGUGGAGUUUUUCAAGGUUUUUUGGGGGUUUUUUUCAGCUUUCAUCCAGUAUCCUGAAGUUCUUCUGUGCACAGCUUGGUCAAUAAUUCUGGAAAACCUCAGGCAGCAAAGAGAGACCCAUGUAUAUUCUCAGAAACAGAAGGAAUUUAAUUUUUGACUUUCUAUAUUAAGCACUAGCUAUUUUAUCUUGCUUUCCAAAAAAAUCCUAGUUGCGAAAAUGACUUGAAAAUUAAAAAAGCAGAGGUUUAGUUUUGUGAUGGAGGAGAGUAUAACCUAAAUUGCUCAUUAAUAUGAGUUUAUGAUACAGUACAAAAACCACACUUUUAAUUUUGUAAGGAAUGUUUGGAACCAGCCGUAAUCCAUUGCUGGAUUUGAUUUGGUUUUUGAUGGGGGGUGGGAAAAAAACCAAAUGCAGAGCUCUCCUAAUUCUGUGUUGGGCUUUGAAGUAUAAACACCUGUCCUAUCAUCUCUCUCAUAGAUCUGUAUAUAUACACGCAUUUAUAUUUAUAAGAAAUGUAUUAUUUGUUUGACUGGUUGGUCUUUUUACAUAUGGUAACCAGGAAUAGCAUGUGUGCAUCAGUCCAUAGUUGGAAUCAUAUCCCUUAGAUCAGUCCUGUGAGCUAAUGUAAACACUAUGGGUUCUGUCCUAAAGCCUGAAAAGCUUGAAAUGCAAAAGAAAUGCUUUUUUCCUGUAUUUCUGACUGGCUGAAAAUCCACUUAUUCCUUAUUUAUUUUGUAUAGGGUUCGGGGAGAGAGAAACCACAGGGAUUCCAGAGAAAUCAUUUUAUAAGUUGGUGUAUUUUAGUAGCAAUUAGAGUAAGAUUUAAUACAUUCUUAACUGUAUCUUUUUUCUGUACUGUGAAGAUACCAGUGAAGCAUCACUUUGCUGUGGCGUAAGUAUUAUUGUGUCCCAUGACUAUGAGCUAGAGCAGGAGGUGCUGGGACAGCAGAAUUUAGUGUAAAAAAUGAAAAAAAAAACCCACUUUUUUUUUUUGUGCAUGUGAACCUUUUAUAAGCAUGACAAUUAACUUGGGUUUAGAACUGUUCUUUUUGCUUGGAUUUGUGUCUGGAUUCUUUCUCUGAGUUGGCAGUUGAUUUCUCAUAGUUCUGUGGAAUAAUUACACUUUUGUAGGAACUUGGAUGGUCUCAAAUCCCAGAUCCUAUCAGGAUCCACUUAUGGGUGUGGUAAACUUAGGAUGAGCCCACCAGGUGCAGCAGAAGCAAUAUUUAAAGUGAUUUAAACCAUCCAAAAGUCUCUCUACUCAGAUCCUGCUGAGCUCUGGGAUUCCUGAGGAUGAGCAGGCAGGCCAGGGGCUCCUCUGUUCCUGUAGGUGUUUGGGCAUUGGUGCCUCUGUUCCCAUGAAAUGUCCUGCUGGCAGAUCCCAAUCCCUAGCUGCUGGGGCUCCUCAGGGGCACCUUGGGAAAGGGACCAGGCCCACACACUCCAUCCUCCACUGAGACAAGGCUGAAAUCUUGCCUGUCUUUGCUCUCAGCUUCUCCCAACCCCAAUCCACUGUCCCCAGAGUGCUCCUGUGUCUCUUCAGUCCAGGGCAUGGAUGACAAAGCUUAUUUGACAGCAGUGAGGUACAGUUGUCUUGGAUAUUAGGGAUUUUUUUUUCAUGGCAUUGGAAGAGGCGGCCCAGGGAGGUGGCAGAGUCACCAUCCAAGAGCUGAACACAUGUGGCCCUUGGUGGUUCAGUGACUGUGGUGGGAUUUGGUUGAAGGUUUGACUUGAUGAUCUUGGAGCCUUUCCCAACCUUAAUAAUUCCAUGAUUCAGCCCAGACUUCACCUGCUUUUUAUUUUCUCAAUCACCUUUUCUUUUCCUCUUUGCCAUGCCCCACCUCUGUCCUGUAGUUUCCUUUUAUAGGCUGUUUAUUUAUUCUCUUGGAAGCUUUGGAUAUCGUGAUGAAUUUUAUUUUGGCUGGCCAGCCAGGCUGUUAGGUUUAAUCCAAACCUUUCUGUUGGUGCUUGAACUUGGAUGGAUUUGGGCAGUUUUAUCCCUUUUCCCUCUUUCCAUCACUCCUUUCUCUAUCAGCCAAGCAGAGGCCACCCCUUAAUCCUAACCACCCCCACCCUGCAGACACAAAAACUAAAAAGAACUGUGGAGAAAUAGUCAAUGGAGGAUUUUUGGCUGCUUCAAAUUCUGCAUCCUGUUUGCAUAGUUUAAUUUUUUCUGGAAUGUUUUCCUCAAUGACCAUCUCAGCUGCUCCUCCUGUGCAGACACAGAAGGACUGAGUAGUUCAGAGAGCAGGGAAGAAAUCUUGCACCAGGGGUGAGGCAGAGAGUUUUUAAUUAAUUAAAGAAAAAGAAAUCUGGAGGGUCUCUUGACUCCGCAAAACAAGAUGACUCUUGCCAAGCAUUUGGAAAAGCUGCUUAUGGGUGUCUUGGGAAUGUCUCUGUGCUCCAAAUCACAGAAUAUUAACGUGAGAAAAUGAGUUUAAAUCACUAUUUUCAAUAAAAAUUUGAUUCAUUCCAUCUUUGAAUGGUGAACACCAGGGAAAAGUGGACAGCUGUAGGUUUAAGAAUGCUGUGUCCUGAUCUGGAGCAUCUAGUCAUGGAUCUCAUGGGUUAAAAACGUCUUUGUGUGUUUACAUGUCUUAAUUUUAUCUUCUUAUUUAAAAACCAUCCUGCAGAGUUUUAUAAAAUGCUGAUGAUUUCCUGAAGGAGCAGUUAACCCUCCAAGGCUAACUCUAUAUUUAAUAGGUAGGGAGCUGUUGUUGUGUUCUUACAAUGUGUAUUAUAGCAAAUCCCUGCGCAUGAGCGACAGAGACUUUUCAACUCUUCAAUAUAUCCGAGGUUUACACAUGGUAAAAAAACUCCUUUAUGUAAAGUAAGUAACAGCCUGCAAAAUUUAGUCUAAAAACUCGUCUUUUUUUAGUCUUAGAAAUGCAAAGACCUGUUGGAAGCUUGUACAUUUUUACUAUGUUGUGUUCGGCCCACAGCAAACUCACACAACUGUGCUAUGAAUCCCUGAAAAAUUUAGAUUUCCAGUGGGAAUUGCUGUCACAGCCUUAACUCUAGUGUUCUAAAAAUGGUGCUGAAAUACAUUUUUGUGCGUGGAUUUGGGUAGCUGAUCUGAGACUUCCAAGGCAAACCAAGCACUUGGAAUUAACUACUCCUGGUAGUAACUGCAGCCAUGCUGGGGAACUGGCAAAUGUGUAAAUAGCUGGGAAAUAAUUCCACCAGUAGGAAAAGUAGGAGUAGUUCAUCAGUUUGGAGCGGUUUCACUGGCAAGCACUGCGGAUCUUCCUGGGUGAAGAUCCCAGGGGGGAUUUUGGGGGGGUGGGGGUGAAAUCCUGCCAAAUAUUUGCAGGUAAAAUCCAAAUCCGCAAUUUCUUUUCCUAAAAUUCUUCCUCAGAGAGUGGUAGCUGCUCGGGUAUGUUCAGAACUCAGUGUCUGAGGAUUAUUUUUCUGUAGAAAUACUAAUUCAGGCUCUUCAUUCCUCCAUGAGUCAUUAAAGCAAAUUUCAUGUAGAAAUACCACGUGAUGUUGGAGCAAAAUUCACAUUAUUUAGGCUCUCCAGGUCAUGUUCUGGAUUUAAAAUACUCCAAAAAUGCACAAAACUAUUAGAAUUAUGUCUACUUUAUAUAUUUUUUUUCAGGUGAUAUUUAUGCCCAUAUCUUCACAUCCGCUAUCUCAGGUCCCUUUAAUGAAUACUUCAGGGAUUUUGAUGCCACAUGUUGGCAGACCAAAUGUAAUAUUUAUAUGCAAUGAGCUGUUAGUUUUUUGUAUUGUACAAAUGUAAAUUUGUAAAGAUUUUUUUCUAGAGUUUUUUUGAAGUCACUGAUGUAAUCUAGGAUGUUUCAUUUUCCAGCUGUGGGAUUGUCUUAAUAAAAAAAAAUAAAAAGAGAAACUCUUACUUUGGUUUUGCAUUGCUUCCUGAGUAGUUGAGACAUUAGAUGUUGAAAAAAAAAAAAGGUAAAGGUAAAAUGGAGGUUUUCAUGUUUAAAAAAAGCUUUUUGAUAUAACUGGAUAAUUUUAUAGUUUUAAUUGGAAGUUUUAUAAACUGGAUCUAGAAACUUUAUUUAUAAAUGGAUAGAGAAGCUUUUAUACCCUGUGAAGUCUUGAGCAGGAUGGGAUGGAGACCCUCACCCCAAUCACCAUCCAAUCUGGCUCUGGGAAAAAAGAGUA